AUGUUGCGUUUCAGGAUAGAAGAGGGUCACAUCGACGAAUGCGCCGACCCGAACGCGUGCGGAAGUAACGCCAUCUGUACGAAUCAUCACGGCAACUACACCUGCGCGUGUCCGGAUGGCUUCGUUGGCAACCCUUACGAUGGGUGUGCCGAUUACGACGAGUGCCAGCGAGCCGACGUCUGCGGUCCCCUGGCCAAGUGCCGCAACCGCGAGGGAGGCCACGACUGCGAGUGCCCGCUCGGAUACGAAGGGGACGCUUACUCGAGGGCCGGAUGCCAGAACAUCAACGAGUGCGCGGGUAACCCCUGUGCAGCCAGCGCCAUCUGCGUGGACGGCGUCAACAACUACACCUGCGCGUGCCCGGCCGGUUACAUUGGUGACCCUACGACAUACGUGAACGAGUGCGUCGACCCGAGCUCCGAGCGCGACGACGACGGCGCCGAGACGACCACCAGCGUCACCCUCGACGUCACCCUCGUCGACGACCUGUUCGAGAAGCUGCUGCCGGAGGCGCUGGAGAACGCCAUCAGCCAGGCGGCGUCGAACUGGAGCUUCCCGUGCGGCGAGGCGGCCACGUGCAUCAACACGCCGGGCUCGUACGAGUGCCGCUGCCCCGCCGGCUUCUCGGGGAAGCCCCUCGAGAAGUGCACGGACGUGAACGAGUGCGGGCUGGCCUCCACCUGCGGCGAGAACGCCAAGUGCAUGAACGUCCCGGGCUCGUACAAGUGCUACUGCCCGCGCGGCUUCGAGGGCGACGGCGACGUGGCCUGCAGCACAUGCUAUGUACUUCCAGUAUUCAAAAACGUCGACGAGUGCCAGAGCAACCCCUGCGUGCCAACGCCGUCUGUCGACAGCGUGGGCAGCUACUCGUGCCAGUGCCAAGAGUACUAUACUGGAGACCCUUAUAUCGGAUGCACAUCGACGAGUGCACGGCCUUCAACCGCCCGUGCGGCAUCAACGCCGUGCCAGAACGCCCAGCCGGGAUACACGUGCGUGUGCCCCCAGGGGUACAGCCCCAGCCCCACCCCGGACGUGGCGUGCAAGCAGUCCGCCGUCGACAUCCUGUGCCGCUCCAACUUCGACUGCGUGAACAACGCCGAGUGCCGGACGGGCGUCUGCUUCUGCCGCGACGGGUUCCAGGCCGCGGGCGCCGAGUGCCGCGACGUGGACGAGUGCCGGCUCUCCCCGUGCGGCCCCAACGCCCAGUGCCAGAACGUGCCCGGGAGCUUCCAGUGCUCGUGCAACUUCGGCUUCAUCGGGAACCCGCCCGACGCGGCUUGCAAAAUCAGCCACGUCGACGAGUGCCUGUCGGAGCCGUUCCCGUGCGGCGAGGCGGCCAAGUGCACCAACACCUUCGGGUCGUUCGUGUGCGCGUGCCCCUUCCCGCUGUCGGGUGACCCUUGGUCAAGUGCAUGCCACGGUCAGCGGGCGGAACUGUCAACACUGCGGACAGUUAGGCUAGCAGCUGCCGGGUGUGACGUCACGAGUGUAAACAAGGCUCAGGAGUCAGAACCAUUGCCUAGUUGGGAGUCAUACGAGGGUGAUAGUUUUAUGGAUAUACGCCAGAAUUCUCCGUGUGAAGGCGUCGAGUGUGGGCCGCACGCCACCUGCAAGCCCGAUGGCGUAGAGGCGAUGUGCAUGUGCGAUCCCGGUUGGACUUACGACCCUAAGGACAUCACCGCGGAUGCGUUGGUGAACGUGGACGAAUGCACGGCAGGCAACCGACCCUCAGGGCAGUGCGGAGACAACGCCGUCUGCACCAACACCCUGGGCUCCUUCGCCUGCCAGUGCCCCCCAGGGUUCUCGGGAAAUCCAAACGCCAAGUGCCUGGCUAAGCCCUUAGAUGUCCCCCUAACCACCGUUGCCAUAACCGACCGAACUAACCAACCUCUCGUCUCGCCGCCCCUCGUUGCAUGCGCAGAUAUUAACGAGUGCCUUGGCUACCCGUUCCCUUGCGGUAAGAACGCCAAGUGCACCAACACGCGGGGAAUUACACCUGCACGUGCCCCGAGCCCCUUGGCGGCAACCCCGAAGUGGAGUGUGGUUAGUAUGAAGUCUCCGACGCGAGCGAAGUACGUGGACGAGUGCCGGCGGCCCGGGACGUGCGGGCUGGGCGCCGUCUGCACCAACACCCUGGGCUCGUUCUCCUGCUCGUGCCCGCCCAACACGGUGGCCGACCCCGACCCCUUCACGCAGUGCCUGGACAUCAUGAAGUGCGCGGACGACAACGACUGCCCCGGCAACGCGCUCUGCCUCGCCAACCAGUGCAUGUGUCCGGAGCCCAACAUCGGCGACGACUGCAGGCACCCGUGCGAGGACGUGCGCUGCGGCCCCAACGCCGAGUGCAAACUGAUCAACGGGCAGCCCAAGUGCCUGUGCGCGCAGGGCUACUCCGGCAACCCCAUCGGCGUGUUCGGCUGCACGGACGUGAACGAGUGCGUGAACAACCCGUGCGGCAAGGGCGCGGUGUGCAGGAACGAGCCAGGCAAGUUCACGUGCGAGUGCCCGUCAGGCUUCGAGGGCGACGCGGCCCGCGAGGGCUGCAUCGCCGUCAAGAGCCCGGACUGCAGCGUCUCCAGCCCAUGCCCGACGGGGGAGCAGUGUGUCGAGGACAAGACCCUCGGUUCUAACGUGUGCGUGUGCCAGCGAGGCUACGUGCGCGACCCUCAGACAGGUAGCUGCCGCGACAUCAACGAGUGCCUGGAGACCGUGGGCGGCAAGCUUGCCUGCGGCUCAACGCCAACUGCAAGAACCUGCCCGGGUCCUACGACUGCCAGUGCCCGCCCGGCUUCGUCGGAAACCCCUUCAGCCUCUGCGAAAGUAAGUAGUCAGCGUCUCAGGGUGUGUUCCUCCCUAGAGUGCAACACCCUGGAGUGCACGUGCCUUCCCCCGUACCGCAUCGUGGACGGAAUCUGCGUGCUGGCCAACUGCUCCCUGGGCAACAGGUGUCCCGCGGGAGCCGAGUGCGUCACCAUCCAGGGCGGCCUCAGCUACUGCGCCUGCCCCGCCGGGUACACCACCCUCCCUGACGGAUCUUGCCAGGACGUCGACGAGUGCGUGGCGCGCCUCCCCAACGGGCGCCUGCCAUGCGGUCCCGGCGCCGAAUGUUACAACCAGGUGGGCGGCUUCGAGUGUCGCUGCCCGCCCGACUCCUCGGGAGACGCCUACACCACGGGCUGCUCGAAGGCCCAGGAGAAGUGUUCGAGCGACUCCGACUGCCUCGUGAACGAGCGCUGCGUCCAGCCUGGAAAGUGCGUGUGCCCGCCGCCCUAUUUCGUCGACAACCAAGACAACAACAGGUGCAAGAGCCCGUGCGAAGCCUUCUCGUGUGGCAUCAACAGCAAGUGCACACCCACGGACCCCCCUCAGUGCAUGUGCCAGCCCGGCUUCGUCAACAGAGGCCCCGCCGGCUGCGUGGACAUCGACGAGUGCCGCGAAAACCCCUGCGGCCAGGGCGCCAUCUGCAUCAACGAGAUCGGCACCUUCAAGUGUGAGUGUCCCCCUGGCACCGAGGGCGACCCCUUCAUCGGCACAUGCAACCGAAGGGAGGAGGUCGAGUGCCGCUCCGACGACGACUGCCCCGGCGACCUCGCCUGCACUGACUCCGGGCCCAACGGCGACUGCAUCUCCAUGUGCGAGGGCUUCCUGUGCGGCCCCAACUCGAACUGCAUCGUGGCGAGCGACGGCCCCACCUGCAAGUGCGAGGCGGGCUUCAACGGCAACCCGUUCCCCGGCGGCCACUGCCUGCCCGACCAGUGCUCGGCCGCCAACCCGUGCCAGCACCCGCAGGUGUGCGUCAACGGCCGCUGCAAGGAGCGCUGCGAGGGCGUCGUCUGCGGCGUCGGCGCCAAGUGUGACAAGAACACCAACAAGUGCGUCUGCCUGCCCUUCUUCCUCGGCGAUCCUGACCUGCUCUGCGUGCCUCCGAUCACGCCGCCCCUGUGCACGCCCGGCUGCGGCGCCAACGCCCACUGCGAGUACGGCGAGCCCAACAGGUGCGUGUGCAACACCGGCUACAGCGGCAACCCGUACGCGUCGUGCGCCUCCGAGGACCAGAAAGGCCGACUGCCCACCACGCGCUGCGGCACCAGCGCCGAGUGCCGCCAGGGCGUGAACCGCGUCGACUGCGUGUGCCCCGUCGGCUACCAGGGCAACCCUACGUGGAAUGUGCAUGCCGGACACGGUCGGCUCCGAGUCGUGUCUGGAGAACCCGCCGCCUGCCCCGACUCGCCCUGCGCCACCGUCGUGUGCGGCCCCAACGCCCUCUGCACCGACGGCACCUGCACGUGUCUUCAAGGAUUCAAGGGCGACCCUUCCAAUCUCAGCGAAGGAUGCCAGCCUGCAGGAUGCCAAAACGAUCUCUUCUGCGCUGACAACGAGAUCUGCUUCUCCAGCGGCGGACGCCGUACCUGCGUCGACGCCUGUAACAAGGUUGAGUGUGGCCCCAAUGCAUUCUGUGUUGCACAGGCCCACCGCUCAGCCUGCCUGUGCAAGGACAGCUAUAAGGGUAACCCUAACGACCUCACUGCAGGCUGCCAGCCUGAGGACCGUGAGAGCAAGUGCACCACCGACAGCGACUGCAGCCCCGGCCAGGUGUGCCAGGUGGACGCCCAGGGCCUCAAGGCCUGCGUCGACCCCUGCUUCUCCUACACCUGCGGUCAGAAUGAGAUUUGUUACAGCCAGGCUGGACGCCCUCUCUGCCGCUGCGAUGAGGGCUACCUGCGCAACCCUCAACCAAACAAUGCCAGAGUAAAGCCCAACGUUCCCGACUGCCAAGACGACCGCCAGUGCCCGCUCUCUGAUGCUUGUCGGCCCGACCAGCUGGGCGUCCUCAAGUGCGUGGGCGUCUGCCAGGACUUCAACUGCCCUCUCCACUCCUCCUGCUUCGCCGUCAACCACCGUGGUCAGUGCCAGUGCGACCGAGGCUUCACGGCAACCCCAACGACCGCAGCGGGUGCCGUCCCUUGCCCCGUGACGAGUGCCAGUCCGACGCUCAGUGCUCGGAGACUGAGAAACAAGGCUUGCAACAGACUGGACUUCACUUGCUUUGAUGUCUGCUACGAUGCUUGCGGCGACAAUGCCAUCUGUCUUGCCGAGAACCAUCGCUACAACUGCAAGUGUCCUCCGGGCUCGCGGCCAAACCCGUCUGCCGAGAUCGAGUGCGUGGCCGUGAACCUGUGCGACCCUAACCCCUGCCACACCUCUGCCACCUGCUCACCCGUCGGAGGGAACUACCAGUGCUCCUGCCCCGUCGGAAUGGUCGGCGAUCCGUACACAACCGGCUGCCACCCCAAGGGCAUGUGUCCCAGCGGGAAUGAUGACUGCCCGCUGGACAGCGUCUGCAUCAAUGGCCGAUGCGCCUCUCCUUGCGACCGAGCCUGUGGACCCAAUGCCCAAUGCAACGUCGUCAACAGGAAGCCCAUCUGCACCUGCCCAACGGGAUUCGUCCCCAAUCCGACCCCAGACAAGGGAUGCACCCGCCUGACAUCCUCGUGCAACAAUGAUGCACAGUGCCAAGGAGGCGUGUGCCUGGAUGGACAGUGCAAGGUAGUGUGCCGAGACAACAGCGAAUGUGCCCAAGGAGAAAGGUGCUACAACAACAUGUGCAUGGUGCCCUGCGUCUCGUCUUCACAGUGCCCCACCAACCAGGCAUGUAUUUCUGGCGUGUGUCUCCUUGGUUGCCGCGGAAACACCGAUUGUCCAACAGCGAAUGCCUGCGUCAACAACAAAUGUGAUGACCCGUGCUCCAGGCCGAACGAUUCAUUCCAACACCAACACCACAGCAAGGAUGCGUCCGUGUGUCUGACACAUGUUGCCACCAUCAGUGAAUGUGGUCCAAGCACUGUGUGUGAUUUCGGCCUCUGCAAGCCCGUGUGCCAGCAGAGCAAGGAGUGUGCGCGCAGGUGCAUGCGUGGGCGGCUGCCGAGGCAACAGCGACUGUCGGUCAAUGAGGUGUGCCUCUCCAAGAAGUGCAUGUGCGCCAAGGGGUACCUACCGGGCCCCAGCGGCUGUGUCGACGUCGACGAGUGCCAGGACAGGCCAUGCCACCCGAGUGCCUCCUGUGUCAACGUGCCAGGCUCCUACAAAUGCACAUGUCCCGCCAGCACCGUGGGCGAUCCUUACCAAGCGCCGGGCUGCACCACGCCCAACGAAUGUACCGACGACGCCCAGUGUAAUGGAGACCAAGCGUGUGAGAAGAACGGCGACGGCAUAUUAAAGUGUGUGGCGCCCUGCGCAUCGGCCGUGUGCGGUUCCAACGCCCGCUGCAAGGUGGUCAACCGUAAGCCAGUGUGCGAGUGCGAGGCCGGCCACUUCGGCGACCCCAAUGACCUCUCCGUCGGCUGCGUCAAGGGAGACUGCAUCGUCAACGACGACUGUGCUUCCAACAAACUGUGCGACCUCCUCAGCUAUAAGUGUAUCAACCCGUGUGACAGUGUGAACUGUGGCUUCGGACGGUGCCAGGCGGUAGACCACGCUGCCGUGUGCUACUGCGAGCGAGGCUUCCAGACAGACUCCUCCGGAGGCUGCGUGGAUGUGGACGAAUGCCGUGACACCCCGUGCCACCGCACCGGCCUCUGCCGCAACACCCUGGGCAGCUACUCGUGCGUGUGUCCGGAGGGCCAGGUGGGCGACCCCGUGAUGACGGGCUGCCGCAACCCCGGAGACUGCCUCGACGACAGCGAGUGCCCUAACGCCGCCGCCUGUUUCCAGACCAAGUGCCGCAACCCGUGCGAAAUCCCGGGUGCCUGCGGCGUCGGCGCGCAGUGCCAGACGGUCAACCACAAGGCCGUCUGUUCCUGCCCUCCCCGCACCACCGGCGACCCCUUGUCCAGCUGCGUCGCCGAGUGCCUCGGCCACAACGAGUGCCCGGCUGACAAGUCGUGCGUGAACAACAAGUGCGUGAACCCGUGCUCCAUCCCCGGCGUGUGCGGCAAGAACUCCGAGUGCGUCGCGCGCGCUCACCUGCACCAGUGCUUCUGCAAGCCAGGCUUCACCGGCGACGCCACUCUCGGCUGCACGGACAUCACCUACUGCCAGGUGGAGACGGACUGCCCCGCCGGCGAGCAGUGCAAUGGCGGCGUCUGCCUGCCCCGUUGUACCAGCAACCGAGAGUGCCUCAGCGACCAGGUGUGCAUCGAUGGCGCUUGCGUGCCCAAGUGCAGGUCCAACAACGACUGCCCGACUUGCAAGUGUGCCAGAACAACCUCUGCGUGCCAGAAGUCAAGUGCCGCCAGAACGCCGACUGCAGCACCGACGAGCAGUGCCGCACCAACCUCGUGGGCCAAGCGGAGUGCCGCGAGGUGUGCGACGGACUCACGCUCUGCGGACGCAACGCAGAGUGCAAGGCAAUCAACCACCAAGCCGUGUGCCAGUGCCCGCAGAUAUAAUAGAAGUGUUAAUCCCACGUUUCCCGACGCAGGGCUACUUCGGCGACGCCACGGACGAGCGCCAAGGCUCCAGAAGAUCGAGUGCGAGUGGGACGAGCAGUGCGCGCAGAACCAGCGCUGCGACAACUACAUGUGCAAGAAACGCCUGUGUCUCUCCGAGGGCCACAAGGCGGUCUGCUUCUGCCGCGAUGGGUUCCAGGGCGACCCCCUCAGGGGAUGCCAGCCCAUCGACUUCUGCAGGAGCAGCCCGUGCGGCGCGGGAGCCAAGUGCCAGAACGUCCCCGGCAGCUACAAGUGCCUCUGCCCGCGCCGCACCGUGGGCGACGCCUACUCCGACGGCUGCAAGCCUCCCGUCAUCUGCCUGGUGAACAGCGACUGCCCGACUCCGCCUUCUGCGGCGAAGAGGACAACGUGCCAAGUGCAAGGACGUGUGCGAGCGCGCGGAGUGCGGCCCCAACGCCGAGUGCGGCGCCGUCAACCACCGCGCCGUGUGCACCUGCAAGACCAGCUACGAGGCGACCCCAACGACCGCGUCACCGGCUGUCGCCCCUACCAGCCCAUCUGCAGCCGCAACACCGACUGCCCGCCGCAGACCAUCUGCGACGGAGGCCGCUGCAGACUCCAGGGCGUCACCUCGACCUUCUCCCCGACAGCGCCGUGCCAGAGCGACCAGGAGUGCGGCCUGACGGAGGCGUGCGUGCGGGGCCAGUGCAGCGACCUGUGCGACGAGGACGACGCGUGCGGCCUCAACUCCGCCUGCACGAUGAUCAACCACCGCCGCCAGUGCUCGUGCCCGCCGGGAUUCACGGGCAACGCGGAGACCGAGUGCUACGCGCGUGCCCACCACUGCCAGAGGAAUAACGACUGCCCCGCCGGGUUCCUGUGCAAGGCCGGCAUGUGCGCCCGCGCCUGCGCAGGGGACAACGAGUGCGCGCUCAACGAGAAGUGCGUCAGCGGAUCUUGCAUGCUGACCUGCCGCCUGGACAACGACUGCUUCCUGGGCCACAUCUGCCUGAACAACCUGUGCAUGAUCGGCUGCCGCGCCAACGAGGACUGCAUGUCGAGCGAGGCCUGCCUCAACAACCGCUGCACGGACCCCUGCGGCUCGUCGGCCGUCUGCGGCGCCAACGCGCUCUGCUCCGUCGUGAACCACCGCGCGCAGUGCUCGUGCCCCGAGGGCUUCAUCCCCAACCCGACGCCCAACGUGGCAUGCGUCCGCAAGCCAGCACCUGCGCCAUCAACUCCGACUGCGCCUCCGGCUUCCUGCCUGGACAACGAGCGCUGCGUCAGCACCGUCUGCCGCCCCACCUGUCGCCGCGACGACGACUGCAGCUCGGCGACCUCUGCAGCAACCUCAUCUGCGUCGCCGGCUGCCGCGCCGACACGCAGUGCCCGUCCACGCAGGCGUGCGUCAACAACAAGUGCAUCGACCCGUGCGCGUCGCCACCGCAUGCGGGGGCAAUGCGCGCUGCGCCGUCGAGGCCACCGCGUCAAGUGCGCGUGCCCGGACAACCUGGUAGGUGACCCCUACGUCAACUGCCGGCUGCCGGUCACGUCGUGCAGCGGCGACAGCGGCUGUCCCAGCGGCAUGACCUGCUUCUUCGGCACGUGCCGCCCCCUCUGCAAGGGCGACCAGGAAUGCUUCAACAACGAGCGCUGCGUGGGCGGCGUCUGCAAGGAGAUCUGCAGCUCCGACAGCCAGUGCGGCGCCGGCAACAUCUGCGAGGGGCGCCUGUGCAUCCUCGGCUGCCGCUCCGACUCGUCCUGCCCGACGGAGCAGUCGUGCAUCAACCGCCAGUGCCGAGACCCGUGCCAGGGCGCCACGCCUGCGGCACCUGUGCCCAGUGUCAGGUCGUCAGCCAUCGCGCGCAGUGCAGCUGCCCGCCACCGCCGUGGGCGACCCCUUCAUCGCCUGCACCACUCCCCCGCGCGCCUGCUCCUCCAACACCGACUGCGCCUUCCGCGGGUUCUGCCAGUCCGGCUACUGCACCAAGCAGUGCUCGUCCUCCGACCAGUGCAACUGCGGCGAGACGUGCAGCGACGGCCACUGCCACGCCCAGUGCGCGAGGACCAGGAGUGCGCCCAGGGCUUCCUGUGCCGCGGGGGCGUUUGGCUGCGUCAACCGCGAGUGCCAGGACCCAUGCGACGACGCCUGCGGGGACAACACCUACUGCCGCGUGUCGAACCACCGGCCGCUGUGCUUCUGCAACAGCGGCUACCGGGCGACCCCGUCAAGGGCUGCGAGGAGUACGAGUGCCUCAAGGACACCGACUGCGACUCUGAGCAGGUGUGCCUCAACCAGGAGUGCAAGAACCCCUGCCUGCAGGACACGUGCGGCACCAACGCGCGCUGCAGGGUGGUCAGCCACAGCGUGGAGUGCUCGUGCCCGCCCAACUUCUACGGCAACCCUCAGAUCGAGUGCAAGAAGGAGAUCAACGAGUGCCUCAACACGUGCGCCAACAACGCGCAGUGCAUCAACACCGUCGGCAGCUUCAUGUGCGAGUGCAACAACGGCUGCCAGGGAGACCCCUACCGCAGCGGCUGCCUGUGCCCGCAAGAGCAUGUGGACCCCUGCCUCCUCAUCUCGUGCGGCCAGAACGCCCUGUGCCGCAUCGUCACCCAGACAGAGGCCGAGUGCUACUGCCCCGACAGCCUGCCCAACGGCGACCCCUCGCCAAAUCCCUCCCCAAGGCCGCCCCCUCCCCCCUUCGCCUCCCCCGUCGCUCACCCCUUCGCCUCGCCCCCACAGGCACGGAGACUGCCGCAGACGGGGUGCGGGACGGCGGCGUCCUGCCUCAUCGACCGCGACGGAAGCUACGAGUGCCGGUGCCGACGCGGGUGGAGCGGCAACCCCUACGACGAAUGCGUCCUGCUGUUAAAUGCUUCGAUAUCUUUCCUAAAAGCGGACAUCUGUAGUGCAUUCAAAGCCGUGUCUCAAGUUCAGGUUGAAGGUGAUCUAUACAGCUAUACUCAGUGCACGCUUGACACAGACUGCCCGCCCACUCAGGCAUGUAUAAGUGGACAGUGUAAAGACCCCUGCACAGUGCGGGGGGCGUGCGGCGAGCGCGCACUCUGCCGGACCGUGGCGCACGCGGCGCAGUGCUCUUGCCCGCAGUGCUAUUCAGGCUUGCGAUCGAGCCCAGUCUCAGUGCUACGACCCCUGCGUCCGCGGAGGGGCGUUGUGUGA